CACAUUAGCUGAAAGCAAGUUUUGGCACGACGGUUUAAAGUUACAUCGGUGAAAAUGUUGAAGCAAUUGGUUUGUGGUGCCCUCUUCCUGGCCACCCUGGUACAGGGGACGAUUUUCGAGCGACCGUGCCGUACGGAUGUUGCCGUUGUGCAGGACUUCCAGGUGGAUCAGUAUCUCGGCCUGUGGUACGAUCUGGAACACUACGAGGCCAGCUUCGAGCAGAACACGGAUUGCGUAACGGCCGAGUACAGCCGGUACGAGGACGGUUCGAUCCGGGUGUUCAACUCGGCCGUCCGGCUCACCGACGGGCUGUUGUACGCCGUGGACGGACUGGCACUGCUGAGCUACCCGGAGGCGGAAGUGCUGGAGGCAAAGCUGAACGUUUCAUUCUACGGUGCACCGAAUGAUGAAUCAAACUACUGGAUAUUGGAUACGGACUACGAGAACUACUCGAUUGUGUGGAGCUGCGAACCGAUCGGAGAGGAACGAUCGCUCGAAUACUAUUGGCUGCUUUCCCGCACCCCAGCGCUGCCGGAGGACGAAGAGCUGAGGGAGAAGAUUGAAAUGCUCAAGGAGCAGAACGGCAUCAUCGACGAUGAGCUCAUCAUUACGGAACACUUUGCCGAAGGUUGCAACAUUAAGCGAAACGGUUUAUUGUAAAAAACACAGCGAAGUACACAGUGAAGAGCAGUAAGGUGAAGAGCAGAAGAGCAAUAAGGUGCGAAUAAAGAUACUAAAAUAAAUAAGAAAAAA